AUGAUAAAGAAAAAAUAUUAUGAUUCUUUUCUGUUUACACCAGAAAAUAUUAAUCUAGUAUUUGAUGAAUCAAAACUAAUUGAAGAACCAAAAAAGAAAGAAGGAGAAAGCACAAUAUUAUUUGCUGAUUUUGAAUGCUUUACAAAUAGUGAUUAUCAUAAACCAUUUUGCAUUAUUGUAAUGGAUGUAAAUGGAAUAUGGAAAAAGUUUUAUGGAAUAAAUUGUGCAUCAAAAUUUAUUGAAUAUAUUCAAACAAUUAAAUCUCCUUUAUGUUACUUCCAUAACUUAGGAUAUGAUGGAAGAUUUUUGGCAAAAUAUGGAAUUAUUGAUAUAAUUGAAAAGGGGAAGAUGAUAUAUAAAAUGACAAUUAAAAUAAAUGGAAAGAAGAUAGUCUUUAAAGAUACACUUGCGUUAAUCCCAACAAGUAUCUCCAAAUUUAAACAAUUCUUUAAACUUGAAGGGGAUUAUGAAAAAGAAAUCUUUCCAUAUAAUUAUUAUAAUGAAGAAACUAUGCAGAUAGGGGUAAUAAAUAAUUGUUGGAAUAAAGAAGUACCUCAUUGGUCUUCAGAUAUGAUUUAUCAAUUUAAAGAAAAUAUUAAUAAAACACAUUGUAAAAUUGAUGAUAAUCAUUUUAAUACAGAAAAAUAUUGUGAAUAUUACUGUCUGAGAGAUGUUAUGGUACUUAGAGAAGGAUUUUUAAAGUAUAGAGAAAUGGUAAAGAAUAAUUUGAAAUUAGACUGUACAGAUUAUACAACAUUGAGUUCAUUAGCUUAUAACUUCUUUAAAAUUAAUUGUUUUACUAAAGACAUGUUGUUCGAGUAUACAGGAAAUGUUAGAGAAUAUAUUAAAAAAGCAAUCUAUGGGGGUAGAAAUAUGACAGGAGAAAAUAAAAAACAUUAUGUUGUUGGUCAAAUAGUAGAUUUUGACGCAUGUAGUCUUUAUCCCUCUGCUGUAGCAAGAUUGUUUCUUCCAUCUGGAGUUCCACGUGUUAUGAAUAAACCAAUAGAAUGGUAUUUGGAACAUUUAAUGAAAGAACAACAAUAUGAAACUACACAAUAUCGAUUUAUUUCAUAUUUUAUAGUAACAAUAGAAAUUACUA